GGGGGCGGUGCUUCCGGGUUGGUCGUGGCGUCACUUCCGGCCCCGGCGCUUCCGGGUGCGAUGGAGCCGGAGUUCGACGACGUCGUGUCCGUGGAGGACCUGAUGGCCCUGGAGCGCCGCUACGCGGCCGAGAGCCGCUCGGGGGCCCCGUCCCGGGGCUGCAGCUUCGAGUACGCCUGGGGGCUGGUGCGCAGCCCCUACGGGGCCGACGUGGCCAAGGGGCUGGCGCUGCUGCGAGAGCUGAUGGCGGACGGGACGCCGGAGGAGAAGCGCGACUACGUGUACUACCUGGCCGUGGGCAACUACCGCCUGAAGGAGUACGAGCGGGCCCUGGGCUACGUGGGGGCCCUGCUCCAGGCCGAGCCCCAGAACUCCCAGGGGCUGCGGCUGCAGCGGCUCAUCCGCGCCCGCAUGCACCGAGACGGGCUGCUGGGCGCGGCCAUCGUGGGGGGCGUGGCGCUGGGCGUGGCCGGCCUGGCCGGGCUGCUGGGAUUGGCCAUCUCCCGCGCCCGUCACUGAUGUCACCACGUCCCCAACGUCCCCGCGGGGGCCCCGCGGGACCCCCAGAUUGUCCCCAGUGUCCCCGUGUCCCUGAUGACCCCGAUGUCCCCAACCCGUCCCCAAUGUCCCCAACCUGUCCUCGUGUCCCCAACGUCCCCAACCCGUCCUCAACGUCCCCAACCCAUCCCCAAUGUCCCCAAUGUCCCCAACCCGUCCCCAAUGUCCCCAACCUGUCCUCGUGUCCCCAAUGUCCCCAACCCGUCCCCAAUGUCCCCAACCUGUCCUCGUGUCCUCAAUGUCCCCAACCCAUCCCCAAUGUCCCCAACCUGUCCUUGUGUCCCCAACGUCCCCAACCCGUCCCCAAUGUCCCCAACCUGUCCUCGUGUCCUCAAUGUCCCCAACCCAUCCCCAAUGUCCCCAACCUGUCGUCGUGUCCCCAACGUCCCCAACCCAUCCUCAAUGUCCCCAACCCAUCCCCAAUGUCCCCAUCCCAUCCCCAAUGUCCCCAAUGUCCCCAACUUGGCCCCAAUGUCCCCAACCUGUCCUCGUGUCCCCAAUGUCCCGAACCCGCCCCCAUUGUCCCCAACCUGUCCUUAAUGUUCCCAAUGUCCCCACCCCAUCCCCCAUGUCCCCAACCCGUCCCCCUGUCCCCAACCCAACCCCAGUGUCCCCAUUGUCCCCAACCCAUCCCCAAUGUCCCCAACCUGUCCCCAACCUGUCCCCAACCUAUCCCCUAUGUCCCCAAACUAUCUCCAAUGUCCCCAACCCAUCCCCAUUGUCCCCAACUUUUCCCCAUGUCCCCAACCUGUUCCCAUGUCCCCAUUGUCCCCAACCCACCCUCAGUGUCCCCAACCCACCCUCAAUGUCCCCAACCCCUCACUGUCCCCAAGUCCUGUGUCCCCUUGUCCCCAACACCCUCCCAUUUCCCCAUGUCCCCUCCCCGUGUCCCUGUCCCCCCCUCCCCGGCCUUGGUGGCACAGUGACAACUUGGAGGUGAUGACGACACGGUGACAAUGCGGUGGUGACGACGAUGAUAAGGUGACAACGCGGUGACAACACGGAGGUGACAAUGACACGGUGGUGGCACAGUGGCAGCACAGUGAGGAUGGUGGCAGCGUGGUGACAAUGCGGUGGCAUCACGGCCACCCUUGGGGACAUCCUGGUGACAUCCUGGUGACAAUGUGGUAGCAUCACAUCCACCCUUGGGGACAUCCCGGUGACAAGAUGAGGCACAGCAGUGGCACGGUGACACGGGGACGGUGGCAGAAGGACAGCACGGUGACACGGUGACAUGGUGGGGACAACAUGGUGACAACGGUGACGAGCUGGGGACAACAUGACGGCGACAACGCGGUGGCACCGCAGGGACAAGGUGGUGACGACGGCGGCGCGGUGGCAGCGCGGUGACACGAGGGACACCGGCAGGGGACACGCGAGUCCCCCGCAGCCCCCCCCCAGUGCCUUGGGGACAGCCCCGAGGUCCCCGUGCCUUGGGGACAGCCGCGUCCCCUCCGUCCCCCCCUGUAAAUAAUAAAGCAGCGCGGGCUCGGGG